AUGAGGCCUGCCGGCGCCGGGCGGGGCCCCUCCGGCAGCGCCUUUGUUUUCCUGCCGCAGUUACGUUUGCGGAAGUGCCGCCCGGGCCCGGGGGGCCCGCUGCAGCCCCCCCAGCGCCCCACGAGGAUGACAAGCGACCCAGAAGCCGGGGGGGAGGGAAGGGGGAGGGCGGGCAAGCCGGGAGCAGAGCCGCCCACGCCCGCCCGCCCCGAGCCGCGGCUCCGAGACCCCCCCAGCAGGUGCGCGUGCGGCAGGGGAGCCCCCGCCCUCCGAGCCGGACGCCCCCGGGGAAAGCUCGGGCCGGGCUGCCGCGCCCCCCUCCCCGGCCGAGCGCCCCCUCCCCGCGCGGGGCCCGGACUCACCUGCUGCGGGCGGCGCCGGCGCUCAGAGGCGCGGGACGCGGGGGGCCUUCUCCCCCCGGCGCGGGGCCGCGGCUCGGGGCGCCGGGGCGGCGGCUGUCGGGGCGGCGCGCGCCAUCGCUGGCGGGCGGGGGCUGCUCGGAGGCUGCGGCGGGCGGGGCGCGGUCGAGAGGCGCGUGCGGAGGGGCGACUCGCAGCGGCCAGCCGGGCGCAGCGCCGGCGCGGACUCCGGCCUCCCUCCUCGCGGCCCGGGGCGCGCAGCUCGCGGCCGGCCGGACCCGCGUCAGGCCCGAGGACCCGCAGCCAGGUGCAGCGCUCCGCCUCCUGCGGCGCCGGCGGAUGCGUCGGGGCCGCUCCUCCCGGCCUCCCGCCCGCCCUGCGCCCCGGAGGACCUCCGGCCCGGUCCUGCGGACGCAGCGCGCGCCGGAGGGGAGGUGCGGCUCGGUCCCCGCACCCGGCUCCCGCGCGGACGGACGGAGAUGGUCGCCGACAGGGAAGCAGCAUCGCCGCCGCUCGCCGGGCGCUCGUGAGGCGCAAACACGCGCUGACGCACGCCCGAGCUCUCGGCGCCGCGCGCCCGACCUUGGCCCCGGCCGACCCGGAGAGGGAGGGGGCCGGAGCCCGGGGCGCACAGCGGGUUCCGGGACUCACCGGGCAGGGACGCAGCGGAGCUACAUCAGCCUCUCCAGGUGGGAAGGGGCCACUGAGUGUCCGGCGCGUCGCCGAGGAGAUCCUGCUGCCGUCGCAGGAGAAGGGCCGUCAUCUGGGGAUGGAAGGAGCCUGAGUCCCCGCGGGUGUUAGGGUACAGCCACCGUUUGGCUUCCUAAACCCCUUGUAUCUUAUUUAAGUUGUUGUGAAUUUGGCAUUUUGCUACACGUGGUUCUUAUAAAGUCCAUAUAAAGCGUAACUGCAGGCUUAGCCUGGCUGGCCUUCCCCCCGACAGAAGGGCUGUCUUACAGACUCUAUGCACAGGCCAAAAGCUCUGCUUUUUCUGUUCCCGUCAUUAUAACAUCACAGAAAGCCCUUUGUAGAAUACACAUCUCUUGGCACUUCAGAAUUUCAUGCGGGGAGCCUCGGAGGGGUCCGAAGCCAGGGCGAUGACCGACAGCAUAUAAAAUGCGUUCAAAGGCCGUGAUCUUCAAGACCCGACUCAGCGUGGGAGACAGUCCUGAAGAACAGCCGGGCUGAGUUAGGGGUAUUCAUAGGAACAAGCAAGUGGCUGGUAUACAGUAACAGGUGAAAAGAAUGUGUAGAAAACGUUCUAAGAAGAAGACCUUGAACAAUUAUUUUUUAAAGAUUUUAUUUAUUUGAGAGAGAAACAGCACGAAAUGGGGGAGGGUC